AUGACGUCGGGGACGAGAUUGCCGACAUGGAAAGAGAGGGAGAAUAACAAGCGGAGGGAGCGCCGGCGAAGGGCGAUCGCCUCCAAGAUCUUCUCGGGCUUGAGGAUGUAUGGUAAUUACAAGCUUCCCAAGCACUGUGAUAACAACGAGGUUCUCAAAGCUCUAUGUAAUGAAGCUGGCUGGAUCGUUGAAGAAGAUGGAACCACUUAUAGAAAGGGAUGCAAGCCUGUAGAACAUAUGAAUACCAUAGGUGCUUCAGCAACAGUAAGCCAUUGCCCAUCGUACCAACCAAGCCCAGGAGCAACUUUCAAUCCGAGCCCCACUUCAUCUUCCUUUCCAAGCCCAGUCUCAUCACAAUAUGCUACUAACGUCAUUAAUACCGCUGAUCCUAAUUCUCUUCUCCCAUGGCUUAAAAAUUUGUCUUCUGGCUCCUCACUCCGUCCAUUCAAGCUACGACACAUAUGUGUCCCUGGAGGUUCAAUUAGUGCUCCUGUCACCCCGCCAUUGAGCUCACCUACUGCCCGUACACCUAGAAUGAAGGCCAACUGGGAUAAUCCGACAACUGAUUCAGCCUUGGGAGGCCAACAUUAUUCAUUCCUUCCCUCGUCUACUCCAUCCAGUCCUGGUCAUCAAACUCCACUCGAUUCAGGAUGGCUUUCUGGUUUUGAUCAAACAGCUGAUGUUGCCAUGUCAGAUGCAAUUGCGGCCGAGUUUGCAUUCGGCAGUAAUACCAAGGGACUAGUGAAACCAUGGGAAGGAGAGAUAAUCCACGACGAAUGUGUUCCUGAUGAUCUUGAACUCACUCUUGGGAACUCAAGCACCAGCUAG